UGUUCUGUGUUUCUUCAGGAAGCUUCUGCAGAAAGCAAGAGAUGUCGGGCGAGGCGUCUUCAUCUGGCACUGCCUCGACGUAACCUUGGGCCCAAUCUCCAAACCUAGCAACUUUCGGCUGUCAUGCGGCUGUGGGCAACGCUACUCGGCUUGGGCUGCUUUUCGGCACUCCUCUGGCCUUCACGGGCUGGCAAUACUGUAGCUGACACCGGCAAAAAGGGCACAACAGAAGAAUCUCACGAGGCUGAUGUCGGCUCAAGCGAAGACUCGGUGUCGUCGUCGACGGUUCCGUUUUCGUGGGCGGACCUGAAGGACCUUGGCAAGUCUUCCACGGGAGCAUCUCGGAACGCAACCGUACCCGUGACCCACGUGGUGGACGGGGGAGGCGGACAGACCUGCUACUAUGGACUGGUCCUGCAGUGCCCCAAAAACGAGGAGUGCGUCAACCUCAGCGGGAAACGACGCAACGGCGUCUGCAAUUGCAAGUCCGGACUUUCCAGGGACCCCACCACGGGCUCCUGCGUCGCCACCCUCAAUGCGUCCGCGCUCACCCAACUGAACUCGACGACCAAGCUGCCUUUGACACCUUCGAGCCCACCGACGCCGGUGCCGGUGUCGUCGUCCACGGCCACGUCCACGCCGUAUGCCCUCAUUGUGUCGGCAGGAGACAACAAGGAACUGCACCUCCCAGAGAAUGAGGUCAUCCUCUCUGCCUACGUCUUCAAGGAGAACAGUGAGGGAAGCCAGUACCGGUACCAGUGGACCCUGGUGUCGCACCCCGACGGCGAAGAGACCGGCGUCAUGCAGGACCAGAACACCAACUCCCUGAAGCUGUCCCACCUCCGCCAGGGCCUCUACACCUUCCGCGUGGAAGCCACCGGGAACAACUCCUACGGCGACAACACCGUCAACGUCACGGUGCUCCCUCCCAAACGUAUCAACAAACCACCCGUGGCUGUCAUUCAGCCGGACAACGUCACAGUCAAGCUACCCACCAAAGAGACUGUCCUGGACGGCUCGUUUAGCACAGACGACGACAAGAUUGUGCGGCACCACUGGGAGCCAGUAGUGAUCCCGAUCGGCUACAACGCACGCCUCAACGACACCCCGACGCUUCAGCUCAAGGACCUCAUCCCUGGUUUCUACCGGUUCAUGUUGACGGUGACCGACUCUGACGCCGUCACCAACUCCACUUAUGCCAACGUCACCGUUCUCAAAGAGGUGGACUACCCCCCGACGGCGAAUGCGGGCACCCAGACGGUGGUGUACAUGCCGAAGAAUGAGGUGACCCUUAACGGGAACCUGAGCACGGAUGACAAGGGCAUCAAGGCCUGGGAGUGGACCAAGAGCCCCGACACCGACAAGCACGUCGACAUGGAGGGCACGACCAGCCCGUACCUGCACCUGUCCAACAUGGAGGUGGGCGUAUACAAGUUUGUGCUCAAGGUGACCGACACGGCGGACCAGACGUCCCGGGCCGAGGUGCACGUCUUCGUCAAGCCGGCCUCCAACCAGGCGCCCACGGCCAGUGCGGGGAAGGACCUCCGCGUCUCCCUGCCGCUGGACAAACCUGUGACCCUGGACGGGAGCCACAGCACCGACGACGUCGGCAUUGCUUCCUGGCGCUGGAGCCAGAUACGAGGACCCAAGCAGAGCCAGCUCGAGGGUGCCACCGGCGCCGUGGCCAAGGUGUCGGGUCUGGUGCCGGGGGAGUACACCUUCCGGCUGGACGUUGUUGACACCAACAACCUGACCAGCUCCGACAAUGUGUCCGUCACCGUUACUCAGAACACUAAUGCAGCUCCCAAGGCGGACGCGGGCGGAGACCGAACAGUGUUUCUCCCCGCGGACGUAGUCUCGCUGAAUGGUUCCCGCUCGAGCGAUGACGUCGAGAUCGUCUCGUGGCUCUGGACGCGCGAGCCCUCGUCACUGGCGGCUGGGCACAUCCUGGAGAACUCGAGCUCGUCAGCGGUGCUGCGGCUGUCUUCGCUGAUCCCCGGACGCUACAUGUUCACGCUGACGGUGGGGGACGCCCAGGGGGCCACGGGCAAGGACACGGCCUCGCUCAUCGUCAAGGCCGCCCCCACCCUUGCCCACCACGUUGAGCUUCUGCUGGAUGUCGACAUUGAGACCUUCACCCAGGAGCAGCUGGACACGUUGCUCAAGCAGCUGGAGUUGCUGCUGCAUGACGGGGAGACAGUUCGUGUACACCUGGUCGACCUCAACUACCAGCAAGACUCUCGCAGGGUGCGGAUUGUAUUCAUGGCGGAGAAGGAAGGCGUCAAGGGGACCUGGGUGUCUUGCCGCGGCACCGCCGUGGUGUCUCGGCUCAAGCAGCGCCUGCGCACCCACAGCGCGCUUCUCGACUGGGACGUGCUCUACAUCGACACCGUAGUGUGCCAGAACGAGUGUUCGGGGCACGGCUCGUGCGACAUCUACACCAAGCGCUGCGUCUGCGAGGCGUUCUGGAUGGAGGACUUUGUGCGUGCGAGUCUGGGAGACCGCGAGAGCAACUGCGACUGGAGCGUCCUGUACGUGAUCAUCAUCUCGUUCCUGCUGCUCAGCCUGCUGUCCUCCCUGCUCUGGGGCAUGACCUGCCUCUGCUCCAGGAUGCGGCUGAAGCGGCCCAGGGUGAAGAAGAGCAACUACACCCUGCUCAAGGACUUUCGCGACGUAGAGAAGGAUGGGCAGGAGCUCAUUCCCAAAGGCAAGCACCAGACGAGCAGUUUGAUGGCGUCCGACUCUGACUCUGACACCCUGUUCGAGACGAGACCUCGGCCGUCGGUGGCGGUGAAACCGCUCACCGGAAACCACCGGACGGUGCUCUCCAACGGACUAGUCAAGCACCCCAACCGAGUUCGGACCUGAACACCGAUCGGGGUGCAACCCUCGCGCUGCAAGUCUAGAACUGGAGGUGGCGAGUCCGUCAAACUUCGCAAGUCGGAUGCUUCCCAAUGCAGGGCUCGCUGAGCACCGAAGCAACACGUGUCAAGUUGCAAGACGGAACUCGUGUAGCCCUGCAAACGUCCGUGGGACGUUCGUGCGACAUUGUAACGUCUUCAUGACGUUUAUCUGAUGUCAUAACGUCCUGUGAAUGUUGAUGGGACAUUUAUGGAUCAUUUCAACGUCUUCAGGACAUCCGUGAGACAAUGUAAUGCCCUUAGGUUGUUGACGAUACGUUAUGAUGUCGUAAGGACAUUAUAUAGACCUGUAGCAUCCUGUGAAUGUCAAUGGGACAUUCAUGGGUCAUCAUGAUGUCCUGUGGAUGUUGAUGGGGCAUCGAUGGGUCCAUUAAAAUGCUCAGGAUAUCUAUGAGACAUUAUAAUGCCCUGGAGGCUUCAAUAGAAUGUUAUGAUGUCCUAAGGACAUCCAUGAGGCAUUCAUGAGUUAUUAUAACAUCCUUAGGACAUCUCUGAGACAUUAUAACUGCCUGAGGACAUCAGUGACACAUUAUAACAUCCAUGACACAUUAUAAUGUCAUCAGAACAUUCUUUCGAUAUUAUAACCUCUGGUGAGCGUCAAUGAAACGUUCAUAGGUCAUAAAAUGUCCUGUGGACGCCGAUGGGACAUUCAUGGGUCAAUUUUAAUGUCCACGGGGCAUGUGUGAGGCAUUAAAACUCCCUGGGGACAUCGAUGGCACAUUAAAACUUCCCUAAAAUGUCCACAGGACAUUCAUGGGACAUUAUAACGUCCUGAAGACGUCUGCAGAAUAUUUUGUGCUGUUUGGGUUGGCACCUCCCGAAUUCGGGCAAUGAUAGUGUGCACCAAAGUUGGAAAGGUUUCGCUGAACUUGCAGUGCUCGCUCGACAAGCGUUUUUCGAGAUGACUGUGAUGUUCCACCAUGCUUGUCCGGCCGGUCAUUGUUGUUGUGUUCCUCUCCGAUUUGCCUUUCCUAGUGGCAUCCAUCUUUGAAGAUUUUGGAAGGCUGUUUGACGGAGAUGGUUUAUAGAUCACUACUUUCUUAAAGUUUAUUUCACAGAGCCACAUGGCAUACUUGGUUCAAAGGUAGCUUCCCACGUUUUCCAUUUGCAGACGGCUGCGAGGCGUGCAACAAAAAUGACAUAUUGGCUUUCUGAAGGAAAGUGGAAGCUACUUGGUAGUUACUACCAUAGUCGCUGACUAUAAGCGACGAUGUAGUACUCGGGGACGGUAAACUGAGCAACCUCUUGUUGCCAACACCAGCCUCGAGCUGCUUUAUAGGUUUCGGUGUCGCAGACCUUUUUGCUUCAGGCUUUUUGUUGUUUGGUACUUAAGGGGGGGGGGGGGGGGGACUGGUAGCAAAACCGUUGUUUUUUUACCCUAGCUCAAGUUUAUGCAACGCAGCAAGUUUUGCCGACUCAUGCUUGCAGCGAGUUUGAUUGACCCCUUUCUCUAAUUUUAUGCGCCAGUUUACAAGGUGCUUAUGUUACUGAUUGGCGUCGAUCGACCUUGUCAAAGCACGCUUGGAGAUGUUUUAACUCUCUGAUGCCCAGUAUUGCUCGGGAGCAAUAAUUCAAGAGUGAUUUAAUUUCUCCCAUGCCAUGUGCACCUCAGUAAAUUUAGUGCCCUCUGUCGCAAGAACAAGGACACCCGCGCUUAGCACUGAAGAAUCGAAUCGCGUCUUCGAAACAGAUCACUUUUCCUUUGAAGCCAUAGCUGACAGGGUAUCUGAGUUACGAUGGAGUGCACCACUCGCCUCGAAACUCUGGGAAGGAAAACAGGUGCAAAUAUUGCAAGUCCAGUUACAAGUGUCUCUACCGUGCGAAAUGCGAAGUGGACCUGGUGCCUACUCCUGGGUCGUAACUGAUUUCGGUCGUUGGGCAUAAAAUAAUGCUGCAAAUGCCCAAUGUUGCUCACAAUCAACAUUUUGAAAACAUAAUUACGAAAAAAGGUAAUAUUUUUCUGAGACCAGAUUUUUGUUAUUCUGUGUGCUCUAAAACCAUGUCGAGAUUUCUAGGUCUCCAGUAUUUCAACUAAACUUCUGGGCAUCAAAGGGUUAAGUGCAAUGUUUAAGUGUGAAAAAAAUGUUUUUUUUUUCUUGCUUUUGCUUGCCUCUUUGCGUAUUGAUCAAUGCCUUCAAGCAGGGUUGCAGAAUGGCAAACUUUACUGCUCUGCUAGAAUGACUUGUGAGAUUGGCACUGGUAAACUAUGACAAAUUAUAUUUGUGUGUUAUAGUUCAAGUUAAAAUUUUAUUUGAUUUUAUUCUUUGUUCUUUGUAUACAUAAAAUUGCAGUCAGUUACUAUUGCAGUCGAGCUCAGGAUAAUUAUAAUGAUCAAAUGUCUGUUAAGCUAAUAGGCCCUCUUUAUCGAUAUAUGUUUUUUGGGGAGGAGAGAUGUUUGCUGGGUUGAUCAAAGCUGUUAUUGCACAAAAGAAAUGGUUCACUUUGUGAAAUGCUGGAAUCAAAAAUCAUACAAAGGUGCCUUCAUUGAGGGAACAACAAAUUAUGAACACUUGCGUGUCAUAUAUGCUCUGUACCCCUUAGUAAAUGCUGCCAUUUAACUGAACUGGUCUUUGAUUUAUUGAGUGCAACUUUUCUUACCAUUUAUAUUCUCAUUAAAGGUGGAAAUACUAUCAGCAAACAGUGUCUCUGCAAAUAGGUUAACAGCUCGAGUUUGUUUCGAGAACAUUAAAAAACUCCCGCAAUUCUUUCUGCUGUUUACGUUUUGUGCCAUUUUUUUAUUUGUUUACAUCGGCCCCAAAAUGUUUGUAUAUUUGUAAUAUAAAAAGCCGAGGUUCUUUGAACUGAAACAAAUUGAAUCUAUUUUAAAACAGCCCUUCUGCAACCUUUGCUUUUAGUGAUUAGGAACAAAGCUGCAUUUCUUGUGCAUUACAUGCUAUGAAACACAUCAUGCAUACAUUCUUAGUUCCUCAAGUUGCAUUAUUGCUCUCUAGGUGACUUGCAUCGCGUGAACUCGGGCGUCACAGUUUGCUUCCACGAAAGAGCCACGACACUGUGUUCUGAUUCUCCAUGACACACUUUUCGAGUUGCAACCUUUUUUUUUUUUUUUUUUUGGCAGUUUCUCUGUAACAGAGUGAAAUGUGCGUUUGCAACGUUGCAAUUAUGUAAUUAUUCUUCAGGUGCCGGAGUUUGCCAUUGUCUUCCUCUGCAUUAGCUGCAGAGGUCAUCGCUGGUACGAUGCGGUCAUUCCAUGUCGUCUUUCACGAUUAGCUUAUGUGGUUCCCGCGGCAUUAAAAAGAAUCAACCGAACUGUGCAGGAACAAAUGGCGUUGAUUGCAUCACGCAAAGGUUGAUUUGUGUUUUAUGUCCGUGGUGUCACGCAGGUCUGUUGUUAAUUUUUCUUUUCUCGUUAUAUCAGUUGGGAGUUAUGCACAUUUUGGGGCACUUUUUGUCCGUAUGGAGUGUAAAUAGAGACGUCGACAUUCUGCAGUACUGUGAUGUUAGCAGCUGUAGCCUUUUGAAGGUGCUAUGCCCCCGAGAACUGUGUAUAUACGGGGGGUCUUUGAUCCUGAGGCACGCUGGAAAACGAGCAGGAAAAAUGGUUGUCUGCACGUAGAAAACCCAAAAUCUCAUUAAGGUUGUAUAUUAGUGGGAUAUUUUACCUUGUGAAAUUUCAAGGUGUAGCUUCAGUCCUGCAAAAAAUGAGAACAUUCUGGACAUUUUAAACGAUGGGCUCCAAAGCAGACGACUGACUCACGACGAUCGAGGGACUUGUUUGGAGUUGCUGUUAGGAGGUGGCGCGGAUCGUGUUACAACUGGAAAACGUUGUCAUGGCUGCCGUCGAUCAGACUGAAGAUAAUCUUUGUAUGCGUAAUCUAAUUUACCUCAAAAUAAUUAUGCGGAGUAAGUAUGGGCACUUAGUUGCACAUAGUGCCACCCCUCUCUAGCGGCUCCAAACAUGGCUAUCUGCACAAAUCAGCCAUUAGCAUCACUUAAAUUCUCAAGGACGUUUUUUUUAUUUGUUUUUUUAUGGGAGGAGCGAUGGCUUGAAAUUUCGCAAUCCAAAAUCCGCUUGCUACAUGCAGACAUUGAUUCUUCCGUCUCGUGUUAUAUUAUUUCCAGUCGACAUGCCGGCAUUUUUCACGAUUGUGCAAUAUGAUGUGGUUUGAGUGAAAUGUGAGUGAAUGUUUUAAAUGGAUAUCUGUACUGUCAGUACCAAGAGGAUGAUCUCGUAGCUCUUGAGGCUGACACCGGCUGCUGUUUUGUGGCGCUCCUUGUGUAGAGGUCAGUGUGCCAUAGGACUAUUUAAUGGGAGUAUUUCGAUAACAGACGAGCCCAGUGUUGUGAGUCAGGUGUUUCACUAGUUGCGGGAUUAGAAGCACCCGUCCUUUGUUAGUAGUACUGAUGUCCACGCAUUUUGUAUUUGAGUUUUAUGCGUCGAAAUAAACUUGAAUUGAAAGACUUUC